GUGAUGGUACAGCGCACUCUCUCGGCCAAGAGUCUUUCACACGCACAAGGGGGUUGUAUCUUUGCCGGUUACAUCAAGAUCUUACCCCUCUUCAUGAUCGUCAUUCCUGGUAUGAUAUCAAGGGUGCUCUUCACAGAUAUUGUAGCAUGUGCAUCAGCAGAGGCUUGCAUGGCAGCAUGCGGGAAUCCCCGGGGAUGUACCAACAUGGCAUUCCCUUCACUUGUACUCGGUGUCAUGCCAAAUGGUCUUCGCGGGGUCAUGCUAGCUGUGAUGCUGGCAGCUAUUGUCAGUAGCUUGACUUCAUUCUUUAACAGUAUCAGCACACUCUUUACCGUCGACAUCUGGAACUACUUCAGAAAGAAAUACUCCAAGAAAGAUCCUUCCGUCAAAGAGAUGAUGAUCGUUGGCAGAGUGAUAGUGCUUGUCAUGACGGUUCUAAGUGUGCUGUGGAUACCGGCUAUUGAGGUGCUGCAAGGCGGUGACGGGUUGAACCGUUACUUCACCCGGAUAGCCGGAAGAAUUACGCCCAGUGUCUGUGCGGUGUAUCUACUCGCCAUCCUCUGGCCCAGAGCGAACGAACAGGGUACGUUCUGGGGGCUGGUCGCGGGGGCGUUCACCGGUUUCACCCGGCUUAUACUGGAUUUCAUCUGGCCUGCACCGGUUUGUUGGGAAGAGGAUAACCGGCCACAUAUCCUCAAGCUUCAUUACUUCUACUUCAAUAUGAUCCUGUUUGCGGUUGUGUUUACGGUCGACAUAACCGUCAGCCUCCUAACCGAACCUCCCCCACCUGAAAGGCUCAUCCGGACUACGUUCUGGACGCGGUUUAGCAAGGCUAAGCGAUCAGAUGAGGCAGAGUUCAACGAUACUGAAGAGGAUGACGAUGAGGCGGCUGAAACUGACGACAUCGAACUCGACGACAACAAAGAGUCUACUGACAUUGUGAAAGAUCCGCCUGAUAAGAUCUCAGAAAGGAAGAGUGGCUGCUACCGGGCUGUGACAUGGUUCUGCGGCUACGGGGACGACAGCGAAGAGGGUCAGCGAAAAGCGCGCGCGGAGGAGAAACGCGUACGUAAGAUUACAACGUCGAUUGAGCAGGAUCCACGCGCAAAGAGGUUCAUCCACAUCAACAUGGUCAUUCUCCUGGGGGUGUCCGUCUUUCUCUACACCUACUUCUCUGUCGAUUGGAUUUAAGAUAUCACAUUAUUUAUCCUCUUUGGCUGUAGUGUAUUCGUGUAUGCGGAAGUCCAAACGGUUUUGUCCCAUACGUCACUUCUAAGAUUCCAACAACUACACUGUCGCUCAUAAAGUUGGAAUAUUUUUUUUACCCCGAUUUAUGGAAUUAU